AUGGAGGAAAACGGACUCCCAGCAAGGACCGAGCAGAAAGCAGUAGAAGUGAACGAAGCUGUAUCUUCCGAUUCUGAAUCAGAUAAUUCUUCGAGAAGGGCGACACGAAAUGAGACAAUAUGGACGAUAUUCGGCUGUGCGCUUGCCAAUUUUUCAGAUGGCUAUCAGCAAAGUUUGGCAUCAAGCACCAACGUCGUAAUGAACCAUCUCCUAGGAACCAAAGUAUAUACGGCAACGUUCCAGACUCGCCUCUCCAAUGCCCUUCUCAUAGGCUCAAUCGUCGGCAUCCUCAUCCUAGGAUACGCCUCUGACCUGUUCUCCCGGAAGAGUGGAAUGCUGAUAACGUCCACCUUGGUAGUCAUCGGUUCUCUACUCUCUACUCUCGUCUUCCAAGUAUCACCCGCAAAAAACAUGCUCUGGUUCCUGAUUAUCGCCCGUGGGAUCGCCGGCGUGGGUGUAGGGGGAGAAUACCCAACUUCUGCGGCAGCAGCUCUCGAAGGAUCAAAUGAGUAUUUUGACAGCAAGCGCGGCCCAAUCCAGGUAUUAAUUUCGACGUUGAUGGCCACCUCAGGAGGACCAGUCUGUACAUUCGUCUACCUCAUGACUCUUCUAGCCACAUCCAACAAUCUGAAGACAGCAUACCACGCCAUUAAUGGAAUCUCCAUCGUCCUCCCCUUUCUUGUAAUUAUCUUCCGGCUCAAGAUGCACGACGGGCGACUUUUCCGGAAAUCCAAUUUCAAGCAAAGAGCAGUUCCAUGGAUGAUUCUCCUGAAACAAAAGAAAUAUCUCAUCAGACUCCUUGGGACAAGUUCUGCAUUCUUCUUAUACGAUUUUGUCAAUUUUCCCAAUUCGAUCUUGUCGUCGGCCAUCAUAAAUAACAUCGUGCCAAAUCACAAUGUCCGUCAAGUGGCACUUUGGCAGCUCAUCCUCGCUUUGUUUCCAGUCCCCGGAGUUUUUCUCGGCGCGUGGCUUGUUAAUCGCAUCGGAAGGCGAUGGACUGGAAUUAUUGGCUUCAGUGGGUAUAUAAUCAUCGGAUUUAUCAUGGGUGGAGCGUACACAGAGCUAACAACGAAAUCAAUCCCUGCAUUUGUUGUCUUGUAUGGUCUGCUCCAAGCCUGUGGACAUAUGGGACCAGGAGCCACGAUUGGCCUGAUCAGUGUAGAGAGUUUUCCGACUGCUGUGCGAGGAAUGGGAUAUGGUGUCAGUGCUGGUUUUGGAAAGGCGGGCGCUGCUAUUGGGACACAGGUCUUUACGCCGAUUCAGGCUGCGGCAGGAAAGUCGGCGACUUUCUAUGUGGCGGGAGGUAUAGGAAUCAUUGGUGUUGUCAUUUAUUGGCUCCUGCCGGAAGGAAGAGAUGUCGAUUUGGCGGCCAUGGACGAGGAGUUUGAGGCCAGUUUAAGGGAAGCUGGUUACUCGGAAAAGAUGAUCGAGAGCUCUUGA